GGUUUUGGUGACAGGUGCGCUUCUUCACUACCCAGGUUCACUACCGACAGGGGCUAGCUAGAAACGGCCAAGACUACCUUGCCUUUGAUCGCAGUCGCCCAAUAGUUUGGGAUUCCUUCUUUACACUAGUACCUUGAGAUAGGAACAAGGCAAGCGGCACCAACUGCUCCGGCGAUGCGCGGCGUUAUCGUCGUGGCGCUCUUGAGCGCGUGUGCUUAUUAUCUACCAGGGACGCUUAACCCGACGCUGCCUUACCCGGCCCAGCGCUUCGGAUUCGCGCACAUUGACCCGGCCACCCUGCCGCUGGACAACUCGCCGCUGGAGGGCGUGUACGCGCGCAAUGAGGUGCUGCGCAAGGCCCACAAGCUGUUUGACGGCGUUAUCGCGUCCUCAGAGACCGUGGCGGUGUCACCCGAGGGCAACCUCACGCUGGUUGACAAGCACGGGUUUGUGUACGAGGCGGAGCCAGCAACCAAAGUCCCGGGUGCGGUGUUCACGGGCGAGUGGGCUCUGGACCUGCCCGCCACCUACUACCUGGGGCCGGGCCGGCCGCUGGGCUUCCACCACGACGCCGCCGGCAACCUGGUCAUUGCUGACACACUCAAGGGCCUGAUCCGCCUGGACCGGACCACCGGCGCCGUGGAGCUGCUGACGGCCCGCGUGAGCGCCGACUCAGCGCUGGCCCCGGACACUCCGCUGGCCUACGUGAACGACCUGGACAUAGACCACGACACAGGCGUCAUCUACUUCACAGACUCGCAGUCCAUCCCCGUGUAUCCGGACCGCGAGACCGGCACCUUCUACGACACCUUCCAGUCCUACCUGCUGGGAUUCAUCGGGGGUGACGUGGCAGGCCGGCUGUGUCGCUACGACCCCGCCACGCUGCGCACCGACGUGCUGCUGACGGGGCUGUGGUUUGCAAACGGCGUGGCUCUGGCCGCUGACAAGAGCUACGUGGCUGUGGUGGAGACCAACCGCCUGCGUGUGCACCGCUACUGGCUUUCUGGCCCCAAGGCCGGCACCUCGGACCUGCUCAUCGAGCGACUGCCAGGCUUCCCCGACGGCAUGUCGCGCGCGCCUGACGGCAACAUGUGGCUGGCGAUCGUGGCGCCGGUGACGGGUCUGCCGAAGCUGCUUAAAAGCAAGGUCACGCGGUUCCUCCUGGCGUACCUGCCCGCCUGGGCGCGGCCGCGCAUCCCCCGCUGGGGCGCCGCGCUCAAGAUCAGCCCCACAGGUCAGCCGCUGCAGCUGCUGAUGGAUCCGGACGGCUCGCACAUCGCCUUUGUGAGCUCGGUCACCGAGGUGGCUGGCCGGCUGUACUUCGGCAACGUACGGAUGAACUAUGUGUCGUACCUUGACUUGAAAGACGUGUAGGCAAACGCGACGCGGCGAUGGGAGGAGUGAGGGAGGAGCGGAAUGCGGAGGACGGGCUGAAUGAAGGCAGCGGGGGCUUGGGAAAGUGCGUGCGGUUUGUGUUUCCGUCCUCUCGCCUGUGGAAGAAGUGUGGGGCAGGCGUUUGGGUGCUGGCAGACGCGCGCGAUACUGCCGUGUUGCGAAUGCGCAUGGCCCGUUUCUGAUUGGGCUAAAAUGCCAUACAUACCGGAGGUGCGAUUGUCAGCCUGUCAGAGGGCAGCCCACGUGGCGGUAAUGCUGGUCAUUACUAGGUGAAAGGAGCAAUCGAAGGGCGAGGAACUGCGACACACACGGAGCAAUGGCCCCGCAGCCCGCCUGGAUUAGACGGAGCUACUGGACUGUCGGUGCCGCACACUCCCACGGGGUGCACAAAUGGCACGCUACGUUGUCGCUUUAAAAUAAACGAGUG